GGCAUUUUUACGCUGCCAGAGCCAGAGCCAGAGCCAGAGCCAGAGCCAUACCUAGCCAGUGCCAGCCAACAUGAAUGACUUGCUUUCCCUACUCACCCUCCUCUCGCCCUCCAUCCCAUCCCAUCACACAAUCCCCUUCCCCCUUCAUCACCACCUCGCCGUCGCGAUUUCUACCAUCCCCACCGUGAUUCAUCAAAACUCCGUGAGGUAGGAUAUCGUACUUGAUACCAUUAACUACCUAAUCGCCAGGCCGACUCCGCGGCUGGACUGGACAAUCCAAGCUUGCGCGCGACACACAAAGGCCUUCCCUUAAUCCAUCAGCAGCCCAAACCUAGCUGAUCGACCAUCGACCAGCGCCAUCAAAGACGCGCCAUCGUCGAGAUAACCUCCUACGACACCAACUCUCCCAUCGCGAUACCGUAAUUCAUAUUUCGCGCCAUCACAGCACUCUGCUGCGUGUCUGGCUGCUAUGAGCAUUUCCUCUGGCGCCAUUGAGACUUGAAUGGAGAGAUAAUAUCUUUGACCCCGUCGCCUUGUGAGUCGAAAAGGCGCGGUAAUGGACUCGACGUUUCACGCAACUGUCAUGCAACGACCAAAAGAUGAGGAAGAGGACCUGGUCAAGCGGGAGAGGAUCAACGGAGAAGGCAGGCCUCGAGCCUACAUAGCUCAAUCGCCCACACAACCAGACUUCCGCCCAGCCUUCUCACCCACCAACGGUAAUCCGAGGCCUCAGUUCAACGAUCCCUAUCAUCCUCCAACACCAGCGGCUCUGCCGAUACCAACAGCUUCUCACAUUCCUGGUCCUUCUUCACCUUUGGCCGUGGCGACCCCAAUAGGAGGAUAUCACAACUACCCAUCAGCUUCCCGGGACAAGCCAGUCAGCAAUUAUUACGAUCCAACAUCGGAUUCUAGUGAGCGACGGCCAUCAGAGAGUGGAAGAGUUGAGGCACAGACACCCCAAGUAAGCUCCCAUACCUCUCGCCCAAUCCAUCACUAUCUCCUCGUCGGUACAAACUAACAAUAACAUGUAGGGCCGAGAAUCAUACAACUACCCACAAACCUCUACCGAUCCACCCAAAUACUAUAACAACGGGACGUACACAUCUCCAGUCGCCAACACAUUUUCUCCAAGAUCGCCCAUCUCCCACUCACACCCUUACACGCGUGCAAUAUCACAAUCCCCAAGACUCGCUCCGAUGUCCCCCAUUGCGCGACAUAAUGGCGCUACAAUGGGAGGCCCAGUGAUCAAACAAGAGGCACCCGCGCCUGUUACUGUUUGUGAUACCCAUUCUCAACGUAACAAUUAUAAAACUAACACGACGUGCCAGUCAACCCAGAGAUCAGCCAACCCGAUGGACUUUGCAAGUAUUCUCUCAGAACCAGCCCCAGCCAUCAGCGAAACCGUGCCAGAGCCUCCUACGAAGAAGAUCCGAAAGUCAACAUCCAAGCAAGCCUUGCCUCCUCCUGUACCAGAACCAAUGUCAAGGGAUAGCUCUAGACAAUCUUCCCUUGUUCCAGCGCCUGCGCCAACACCAACGGUAUCUAGAGUUCCUGCGAAACGAAAGGCCAACGGAGAAGCAAAGAAACCUUCUCCUAAACCCAAACAACUUUUGAAGGAGCAGGAAAAGGAGAUUUCACUCAUCAUGGCGCAGCUUGAUGCUGAAGCUAGUGAUACCGAUAUGUUGGAUGUUGAGGAUGAUCGCCGACUUUACCACGCAAGGGGAGUGAAGCGGAAGCUUCACGUUGAAAAGACUGAAGUUGCCAAAACUAAGCAGCGUCGGACGAUGUUCGCUGAUAAAAUGGCAGUACAGUUUGGUAGGCAUGCCGAUCUUGGUGAACGACGAUAUAGAGAGAUGCAUGCAGACGAAGCCAUAACAGCUGUUCAAGAGAAGGAGGUUCAGGCUGAGAAGGAACGUAAGAAAGAUAUGCAAAGAAAGCGUCGCCGAGAAAAGACUGUUGCCAAUAACAUUGAGCAAAAGGAGAUCGCAAUGGCCAAAGCACAAGAAGCAGAGGACGAAAAUGAAAGACAGAAAUAUCUCCGCGAAGCACAGAGAGCAGAGAAAAAGGCACAACAGACCAAGGUUAUUCUCGCCCGAGGCGACAAGGGUCCCGAGAUCAAAGCUGUCUCUCCCUUAGAACCCAAUCUAUCAGGCGGGAUGAUGUCUACCUUUACCGCUGUCGAUACCGAUCCACCAAAGGGAAAAUCCAAACGCGGCGGUGCUCGCCAACGAAAAUCCAAGGAGCAGAAGCAGGCUGAGAAGGACUCUGCAGAAGCAGCACAAGCGGCUAUAGAUGCAGGAGAGGAACCUCCCCCACCACUCCCAACGCGGGAUGAGCCUACCAAAAUCCGACUCAAGGUGAAAGAGUCAAAAGAGUCUCGUGAAGAACCUCCAGCCAAUUUUGAGCCCUUCGUAUCUAAAGGUUAUAACCAAAUAUACGACCAGAUCUGGCGAGAUCUUGCCCGUAAAGAUGUCAACAAAGUUUAUAAGCUCGGAAUAGAAUCAAAUGCCACACGAGCAUCCAAUCUAAAAAAGACAGCUAUACUUGCCUCAAAAGAGGCAAAGAGAUGGCAGCUACGAACGAACAAGGGCACGAAGGAUCUACAGGCCAGAGCCAAACGUGUGAUGCGAGAGAUGAUGUCUUUCUGGAAACGAAAUGAACGAGAGGAACGGGAUCUUCGACGUCAAGCUGAGAAGGCGGAGCUUGAAGGUGCAAAGAGAGCAGAUGCGGAACGAGAAGCCAACAGACAGAAGAGAAAGUUGAACUUCCUCAUUCAACAAACUGAGCUGUAUUCUCAUUUCAUUGGGAAAAAGAUCAAAACCGACGAGGUCGAAAGAUCAACUGACCAUCCUGAUACUGCUGCUGAUCCUGAUACCGUUCCAGGCAGCUCGGUCAAUGUUCCAGAAAACACUGUGGCUGGUGCCAAGGUUACCAAUUUUGAAGACCUAGACUUUGACGCAGAGGACGAUUCUGCUUUGCAGGCUGCUGCCACUGCAAAUGCUCAACAUGCUAUUCAAGAAGCCAAGAAAAAGGCCAGAGCUUUCAAUGGCCCGGAUAUGGACGAAGAAGGGGAGCUAAACUUUCAAAAUCCAGAGACUGGGGAUAUUGAUAUCGAGCAACCUAAGAUGCUUCAAGCUCAACUGAAAGAAUACCAACUCAAAGGUCUCAAUUGGAUGGUCAAUUUGUAUGAACAGGGUAUCAACGGUAUCUUAGCCGACGAAAUGGGUCUUGGAAAGACUGUGCAGUCAAUAUCCGUUAUGGCAUAUCUCGCUGAGAAGCAUGAUAUCUGGGGGCCUUUCCUGGUUGUUGCACCUGCAUCUACCCUUCACAAUUGGCAACAAGAAAUUACAAAAUUCGUGCCGACACUCAAGGUUCUUCCAUAUUGGGGUACUGCUGGAGACAGAAAGGUUCUAAGAAAAUUCUGGGAUCGCAAGCAUUAUACCUACACAAAGGAUGCGGACUUCCACGUUCUCGUCACCUCGUAUCAGCUGGUCGUCUCCGAUGUCAACUAUUUCCAGAAAAUGAAAUGGCAGUAUAUGAUUCUUGAUGAGGCACAAGCGAUCAAGAGCUCACAGAGUUCAAGAUGGAAGAGUUUACUUGGUUUCCACUGCCGUAACCGACUUUUACUUACCGGUACUCCAAUUCAGAACAACAUGCAAGAACUGUGGGCACUGCUACAUUUUAUCAUGCCAAGUUUGUUCGAUUCCCAUGACGAGUUUAGCGAAUGGUUUUCCAAAGACAUUGAAAGCCAUACUCAAAGUAACACCAAACUCAAUGAGGACCAACUGAAGAGAUUACAUAUGAUUUUAAAACCGUUCAUGCUCCGUCGUGUCAAGAAGCAUGUCCAGAAGGAGCUUGGCGACAAGAUAGAAAUCGAUUUAUUCUGCGACCUGACAUACCGUCAACGAGCUUACUAUUCAAAUCUUCGAAACCAGAUCAGCAUCAUGGAUUUGAUCGAAAAGGCGACUAUUGGGGAUGACAACGAUUCUGGAACUCUGAUGAACUUGGUUAUGCAAUUUCGAAAAGUGUGUAAUCAUCCGGAUUUGUUUGAGCGUGCCGAAACGACAUCUCCGUUCUCAUUUGGCCACUUCGCUGAGACUGCAUCGUUCAUGCGCGAGGGACCAAAUAUCAAUGUUGCAUACUCCACUAGAAAUUCCAUCGAGUAUGAGCUCCCCAGAUUGAUCUGGAGAGAAAGUGGCAGACUUGAUUUGCCUGGAAGAGACAACCAAAAACUUGGCAUCAAGGGCAAGUUUUUGACAGACCUACUGAACAUAUGGAAACCUGAAAACGUCCACCAAAACAUCUCUGAAAAUAAGGCCUUUUCCUGGUUGAGUUUUGUUGGAACUUCCAUGGCCGAGCUGGCAUCUGCUGCUCAGAACGACAUUUUCUCUAGAGCUGUCGAUUUGGCACAAAAGCCCAAGCGCCUUGGUGCACUCAGUAUCGUAUAUGACGAAGAGCACAAGACUUACACUCCACCUCAAAACAUGCUACAAAUUGUGGAUAGACAAGAUCGGAAACCUCUUGCCGAGGUCACCAACGAGGGUUAUCUUAAUAGCCUCCUCAAUAUUGCCCAAAGCGCCUGGGCCGAUUCUGGAAUGAGUCGGCUGGAGCAGUGUGGCCGGCCUCGAGCAACUGCACCUCCUAUUGAGGUUGUUUGCUCGAGCCGUGGAGCCAAUAUUGAGAGAGAAAACAUUCUGUUCAACGUCAGAAUGCGGAGAGCUCUUUAUGGACCUUCUCCGGUUGAAGAGAAGGCAUUGAUUACCUCGAAGAUUCCUCUCUCGUUCUACCCACCACAAAAGAUGCUCCCAGCACCAAGUUCUGAGAAACAACGCUUUACCAACAUUCAUGUGCCCUCAAUGCGGCGCUUUGUCACAGAUUCCGGGAAGCUUGCUAAACUUGAUGAACUUCUCUUCGAGCUCAAGGAAGGUGGUCAUCGAGUGCUACUCUACUUCCAAAUGACACGCAUGAUAGAUCUCAUGGAAGAGUAUCUGACUUAUCGUAAUUACAAAUUUCUUCGUCUUGAUGGGUCAACCAAGCUCGAAGACCGAAGAGAUACUGUGCACGAUUUCCAGACGAGGCCAGAGAUCUUUAUUUUCCUGCUCAGUACUCGAGCCGGCGGUCUAGGAAUCAAUCUGACAAGUGCUGACACCGUCAUCUUUUACGACUCUGAUUGGAACCCUACUAUUGAUUCUCAAGCCAUGGACAGAGCUCAUCGUCUUGGCCAAACAAGACAGGUGACUGUUUAUCGUAUGAUCACCCGGGGCACCAUCGAAGAACGGAUUCGAAAGAGAGCUCUUCAAAAGGAGGAGGUUCAAAAGGUCGUGAUGACUGGUGGAAGUGGAGGUGGUGUCGACUUCAAUACGAGAAGCAAAGAGAACCGCACCAAGGACAUCGCAAUGUGGCUCGUUGAUGAUGACGAGGCUGCUGAGAUCGAGCGCAAGGAAGCCGAGCUAGCCAGCCAACAAGAGAAAGAGCCAGUUGUGACCAAGAAAGGAAAAGGCAAGAAACGAAAAGCUGACCCGGGAGGAGGGAGCUUGGAAGACUUGUAUCAUGAAGGUUUGUUCUUUGACACUGAUGUCAAUUACUAGGAUCAUGCUAACCAAUAUAUAGGCGAAGGACACUUUGAUGAUGGUAGUAAUAGACCUUCUGGGGCCGCCACUCCUGUUGACGACGCUGCUGUCGGAGGCAAGGGCAAGAAAGCCAAGAAGGUCGGAAAGAAAGCUAAGACAGCUAAACAACGACUUGCCAUGGCAGAUGGAGACGUGGAUAUGGGAUGAUUGAUUGAUCCGGGUGGGGUUUUUUUCAUGUGUGUACAUUUUAAAGACUUGACUUGGGGUGGGGGUUUGGCAUGGGAUGAAUGAAAAGCAAAUGGAUUCUUUCUUUUUUUUGAUUGCGUGGGGGUACUUUAGGGGACAGGGGAAAGAUAGACGAUGACACAUCUAGGGAGCACCCCGACUUUGGAAGUCCUUUGUAUUAUACUUUUUUUCUUUUUUCUUUUUUUGGUUGGGAGGUUGCGACCCUUUUUUUUGGCUUGCUUUUUUUCUUUCUUUUUACUUUUGCAUUUGCGACAACCAACGCAGAGAAGAAAAAGAUUUGCCUGGGAUUGCGAUGGGGAUUGUGUUUAUUAUAGAUUGAGGAUGAUUGAUUGAUUGGGUGGGGGAUUUGCCUAUGUAAUAGCCUGCCACCUUUGGCGUUUUGUCCUCUCUUUUUCGUUUUCUUAUUUAUCUAGUUUACUUACCGGGCUUCCUUUUUUUUUUUCGCUGUCUAGGUAGAGUAGGGUGGGGUAGGUUUGAUGGGGUGAGAUGAGGUGUGUGGGUGAAGUGGGUGAAGUGGAAGAGAGGAGAAGAGAUGAGAUGAGAAUAUAGGGUUGUUUUGUAUACCUAUUUUUUGUU